AUGGCGACGGCCAGCGCCGGCUUCAGCAGCUUCCUCGUCCCGGCGACUGCUGUCGCCUCGACACCCUCUGCAUGCCCAUCCACGCUCCCCAAGAAGAAUGCCGCUAGGCCCCGGCGGCGCACAGUGCAGUGCAGGGCCAGCGGCGGCCGUGGCGACGACGUCGAUAGCCGCCUCCUCUGGCUGCCCCGGCGGGAAGUGCUCACCGGCCUGAGCGGCGUCGCCGCCGGCUUCGUUGGGUACCCGGACCUGGCGUCCAUCGCCCUGGAGGCGAACCCCGUGGAGAGCUGCCGCCGGGGCGAGAAGGUGACGGAAAAGAUCGUGGAGUGCUCGGACCCGAACCGAGACUUCCCGUGCCCGCCGGCGUCGCGGAUCCCCAUCGUGGACUUCACGCCGGAGCGCACGGUGACGCGCAUCCGCAGGCCGGCGCACGACCUGGACGCGGAGUACCAGGCGAAGUACAAGGAAGCCGUCGGGAAGAUGCGGGCGCUGGACAAGUCGAACCCGCUGAGCUUCGCGGCGCAGGCGGCCGUCCACGAGUCCUACUGCGACGGGCACUACCGGCUGGACCCGACGGAGAAGAACCGCCCCUUCGACGUGCACUUCUCGUGGAUCUUCGCGCCGUGGCACCGCAUGUACAUCUACUUCUACGAGCGCGCCCUCGGCGACCUCAUCGGCGACGACACCUUCGCGCUGCCGUACUGGAGCUGGGACACGCCGGCCGGCAUGGGGAUACCGGCCGUCUUCAAGGGGGUCUCCACGGCCGAGAACCCGCUGUUCGACCCCUACCGCAACAUGGACAACAAGGACGCCCUGAUCGACCUCGACUACCUGAAAACCCCCAGACGGUCGACCAUCCCCUUCAAGCCGCCGCCGGCGUGGGACGCCGCCGCCCGCAAGGCGUACGAUGACGCCGUUCGGACCAACCUUUCCACCAUAUACAUUCAGCAAGUCCGUGACGGCAAGGGGCCCCGUGCGUACCUCGGCGAGAAGCUGUGCAGCGAGGCGAGCUCCCGGGUGAAGGAGGUGAACGAGCGUUCCAAGAGGCGGCAAGGAGGCGGCGGCGCGCCGAAGGUGAAGGCGAGCAACGCGCAGGGCACGCUGGAGCGGAUGGCGCACACGACGGUGCACGUGUGGGCCGGCAGGUCGAGCCCCAAGGCUCCGGCCACCUGCUCCGUGGACGGAGGCGGGGUGGUGGGGCACGACGGCCAGCCGCACUGCAGCAACGACAUGGGGUUCCUGGGCACGGCGGGGCGGGACCCGCUCUUCUACUCGCACCACGCCAACGUGGACCGGAUGUGGCACCUCUGGUCCACCAAGCUCGGCGGCAGGGGCUUCGACGACCCGGAGUGGCUGGACACCAGCUUCGUCUUCUACGACGACGUCAAGAGCCCGCGGCUGGUACGGAUGAAGUUCCGCGACGUGCUCGACACGGCCAACCUCGGGUACACCUACGACAAGGAGUCGGAGGCGGCGCUGCCGUGGCUCAACAGCAAGCCCACCCGGUUCUCCGGCGGCAAGACGACGAGGUCGUCCGCGCCGGCGAAGCCCAAGGUGGUGUCGGAGUUCCCGCUGACCCUGACGAAGGAGGCCGUGGACGUGCCGUCGGUGGCGAUCCCGGCGAAGCAGCCCGGGAAGGACCUGGUGCUGCUCAUCGAGGGCAUCGAGUACGACCCCCAGAUCAACAACAAGUUCGACGUCAUCAUCAACGUGCCCAAGGAGGACGCCGGCAAGGUGGGGCCCAAGGACUGCGAGUACGCCGGCAGCUUCACCGUUGUGCCCAGCUCCAACGCCGCCGGCGGGACGCUCGUGGGGAAGGUCACGCUCUUCAUCGACGGCGUGCUGGAAGACCUCGGGCUCACCGGCGAGAGCGCCGUCGACAUCGUGCUGGUUCCUCACACGGACGAGGAGAUCAAGAUCUACCUGCCCCCGACCAUCGAGAACGCAUGA